CCAGCCUGUACCCUCCCACUCCUUUCUUUCCCUUUGUCCUUAACCCAUCCCUCCUCUCACUGAAUAUAUGCAAGUAGACAAUGCGGACUACCGCUCUCUCACGCUAUUCUCUUCUGCAGACAGGAACAUUCUCCCUCUGUCUCUGGAUGAGGGAACUGCAUACUGAAAGUGCUUGCAACCAACUGCUGGUACCCAAAUGAAGUGUAGCCUGUCUCCUGAAAAAGCAUCCUAUUUUUGUGGGACAUUUGCUGAAGACUAACCAAUCAGCAUCUUGAUUUGUAAUGCUGCCUGAAGAGUAACUUGGACAUUUUUAGCUUCCUUUCUUCUUCCUUUUUAUUUUUUCCUGUGUUGCCCUUGUUGACCAGCAUGAUUUUCACCACAGCUGCUGUCCUUGGUGCUACGCUGGGCAUUGCGUCAGGCAUCCUCACUCUCUGUGGGCUCUCACUGAUCUGCAGGUCCUGUAAGAAAGGCAAGCCGGAAAGUGGUGAAGAUGCAGACCCAGAGAAGGCUAAACCCAGUGUUCUGCACUCCUCAGAGCAGUUCAGUGUGGAAAAAUCCACAGAGCCCAUCCAACCAAGGACAUUGUUGAAAUUUCCCAAAAUAUACAAGCCCAAACCGUCUGUGACCUCAUCUGAGGUCAUCAGCUACCCUGAUCAUCCCUCAGAGAAGGGGGGUGAGCCCUCUCCCGAGGGACCCUCGACUGAGCCUGAUGCUGGUAACCAAGCAACUGACAGCUCUGACACGUUCACGAUCCUCAGACAAGACUCAAAGGACAAAACCCUGUGUGCAAGGGAUCUAACCAAUGGGAUGACAACAAGCAGCUCCAUCCUCCACCCUAAACUGCAUUUCUCUCUCACCUAUUAUACCGACCAGAAUGAGCUACACAUCACCGUGAUAGAAGCGGAGCAUUUGAGUGUGGGGUCGGGCUGUGAGGGCUAUGUGGCCGGAGUCCUGACCUUAGCAGCAGGACAGAGGGAGGCUCAGACUUCGUCGCGACGCCUGACCAGCCACACCCGCUGGGAGGAAGGCCUGGUGUUCUCCCUGCCAGGGGGGUAUGAGGUGGAGGGCGAAGUGGCUCUCUCCCUUCACGGUUGUGACCAGUUCUCUCAGAACACCAACCUGGGCGACAUGAGGUUCAAGCUGGUUGAUGUGGGCAUGAUGUCCAACGCAGACUGCUGGGUCGACCUUCAGGCACCAAAACAGGAUGUCCAGUCAGCUGGAGAGCUCCUGCUGUCUAUAAGUUACCUACCUGCAGCCAACCGGCUGGGAGUUGUGGUGAUGAAGGCUAGAGGACUACAGUCAGACAAGCUGAAGGACUCCAUAGACCUGUCUGUGAAACUGGUCCUGAAGCACCAGACUACCAAGCUGAAGAAGAAGAAGCAGACGCGACGGGUCAAGCACAAGAUGAACCCAGUGUGGAAUGAGAUGAUGAUGCUGGAGGUUCCCCGCGAGCUGCUGUCUAAAUCCAGUCUGGACUUGGAGGUGUUGAACCAGGCAGGUCCUGUUGAGCAGGAGUCCCUGGGCUGCUGCCAGCUGGGUUUACAGGCCUCUAAUACUGGCCUCCAACACUGGCAGCAGAUGCUAGAUAACCCCCGUAAGCAGAUCGCCAUGUGGCACCCACUGUAUGACUAAGAUAACCACCUGUCCGCUUUGCCCUUCCAAAUACCCAAAUGAUGGUGGUGGGGGGGGGGG